AUGGAAGACGGGAUCGCAUGCUUAGAAGUUAAUUUUGAUGAUGAGAUCGAUGUAGGAAUGCCCGUGAACUAUAUUUACACUAGCGCACGAAAGUAUGUACAAAAAUGCAUCAGCAGCUAUGAAGAUCAUGAAGAGAAAGCUAGGGAGAAGUACACUAUGGAGGACGAGAACAACUAUAAAAGACGAGCAGGGCAUGACACAAUGGCCAGAAUGAACAUAGAGAGGAUUCUUUUUGUAAAAACUAAUGGAUGGGAGAGAAAGAUUAGAAUCAACUACAAUAUCUUUAAGAGUUCCCUUCAUUUUGUCAUGGGGUUUUCUGACUUCUUAAAGGAGCUUGCAAUCUUAUCGGAAGGAUUGAUGGUCCAAAUAGAUGGUGUGGAUAAAAGCCUUUUUCUCGGCUUUCUUCUGGACAGCUUCAAUUUAUUUGGGGAUGUUGAGGAGAUGAUUGAUGGAUUUAGGCCUGUUAGACUCACUCCGGUUCAGAGAUCAGGACUUACUAGCCAGGAAAUGCUGAGAACAUUGUUUUUGCUACAGAAUCCCGAUGACAGAAUGAGGCUGUUUUUGUCGUUCAAUGUGUUUGCAAUAUCGAUUUACCAUGGAGAUAGAUAUAUAGGAUAUCUUCUUGAUGGGCUGUAUAGAAAAAUAGUUGCAAAGAUCCUUUUUGAAAAAAAGGAUUUCGAUGGGUGUUUACUUGAGGGGGGUUAUAGAGAUUCUCUUCAUAGUGGAGUAAGAUUGGAUAUGAAAAGGUACAUGGGGGCAAAAUCGUUACUCAAUGCUCUUUAUCUUCUGUUUGAUAUCUUCAAUGUUGAUGAUAUUUCUCUUAGAAACAUUUUACAUAUUGUUCUAAUGUUUAUGUCUAAGGAGAAAGGGACAGGCCUUGUAAACUUUCUGGGCCUGAAUGACUUGUUUAUAUGUGCUGUAAGAUCAAUAUGUGGAGAUUCUGUUCCAUCGCACCUGCUAAUGAUGGCCUGCAGAGACAAGUUGAACAUGAAAUACAAGGUUGGAGCAAUGAAACUGUCAAUUGACUAUGUCUACAAUUGGAUUUACAAGCCUCAUCUUACCAUCAUGAUGCCUAGAUGGUUUUUGCACUCAAGAGAUGGGAGAAGAGGCGUUCCUGUGCUGGGAAGGCCUAUUGAAACAGUAUCGAAUAAAAUCACCAUGGAACUAACUAGCGACGACAAGGAGCAUAGCAAUGCCCGAGGUCCAGCUUAUUCGCCCCUUAGUAGAAGGCUAAGCGGUGGCUUGAGAGACAAAAGUCCCGAAAGGUUCCGAAGUAAGCAGAGAUUAGACUUUGAGAGCUAA